AUUUUUCAGCCGCGAUCCGACGCGGGCCUCGGCGGCGGGGAGAGGCGGAGCCGCGAGAGUGCGGCCCCAGGCCGGCCCUGUGGGGCGGUAGCGGCCGUGACGGCGGCUCUGGGCCCGGCUCCCCUUUCGCACCCCUCCUGCCGGAGAUGAGGGGAAGAUGUCCGUGUCAGGGCUCAAGGCCGAGUUGAAGUUCCUGGCGUCCAUCUUCGACAAGAACCACGAGCGAUUCCGCAUCGUCAGCUGGAAGCUGGACGAGCUGCAUUGCCAGUUCCUGCUGCCGCCUCCGGCACCGCCGGGCAGCCCGCACCCGCCGCCGCCGCCGCUCACACUCCACUGCAACAUCACGGAAUCUUACCCAUCUUCUUCACCGAUAUGGUUUGUGGACUCUGAUGACCCAAAUCUGACAUCAGUGCUGGAACGUCUAGAAGAUACUAAGAGCAACAAUUCGAAUGGGACCACAGAAGAAGUGACUUCAGAAGAGGAGGAAGAGGAAGAGAUGGCUGAAGAUAUAGAAGACUUGGAUCACUAUGAGAUGAAGGAAGAAGAGCCUGUUAGUGGAAAAAAGUCAGAGGAUGAAGGAAUCGAAAAAGAAAACUUGGCAAUACUAGAGAAAAUUAGGAAGACUCAAAGGCAAGACCAUCUCAAUGGUGCAGUAUCUGGGUCUGUGCAAGCUUCAGAUAGACUUAUGAAAGAGCUCAGGGACAUAUACAGAUCACAGAGUUAUAAAGCAGGGAUUUAUUCGGUAGAACUCAUAAAUGACAGUUUAUAUGACUGGCAUGUUAAACUGCAGAAGGUUGAUCCUGAUAGUCCUUUGCACAGUGAUCUUCAGAUCUUAAAAGAAAAAGAAGGCAUAGAAUAUAUUUUGCUUAACUUCUCUUUUAAGGAUAACUUUCCAUUUGAUCCUCCGUUUGUUCGAGUGGUGUUACCUGUUCUCUCGGGAGGGUAUGUGUUGGGCGGUGGAGCACUAUGUAUGGAACUUCUCACAAAACAGGGCUGGAGCAGUGCCUACUCAAUAGAAUCAGUUAUCAUGCAAAUCAAUGCCACGUUAGUCAAAGGCAAAGCCAGAGUGCAGUUUGGAGCAAAUAAGAAUCAAUAUAAUCUAGCAAGAGCCCAACAAUCCUAUAAUUCCAUUGUACAGAUACAUGAGAAAAAUGGCUGGUACACCCCUCCAAAGGAAGAUGGCUAAAUAUGUUGACUGCCGUAUGUUUGGACCAAUGUUGCUUUAAAGAAAAUCUUUCCAACAUGCAGACACAAGCUUUGAGUGCCCCUAUAACAUCAGUACCGAAGAUGUUAGCUAAUAGAUAUUUUAGUGGAUAAUCUGUCAAUUGACAUCCAGUAUGAGUUACAGCCUUUUCAUUUUGCUCAUUUUACGUAUCUUGGACUGAGCAGUGGGGCCUUUACUGUAUUUUUUGUGAUAAAUACACAUACUGGCCACUCAUGAUCUCCUUCUCUUGAAAAAUCUGUCAAGCAGACAAGUCAGCAUCAGGUUACAGAAGUUGCGACUCUGGUAACUUUCCCAUAUUGAGCUCAUGUGUUAUGAAGACUUGCAAUAUACUGUUCCAUUUAGAACCAAUAAAAGUUUAAUUGAUGUUUAAUAUUGGUUUAGAAAAUUUAAGGUCUUCUAAAUCACAGCAGCUUUUUCAAGUUAAAACCAUUUUUUGAUAUUGCCAAAAUAAUGACAGGAAGCCUACUCAUUAAAUUGUUAAACUUUUUUUAUGGCUAGGUGAAGAUAUGAAUUGUUUCCCGAAGAUAUGCUCUUAAUUGAGUUGUAUUGUACUUUUUAGGCAAAGCAAAGCAAGCCUGUGUAAAUUAAGUAGUAAUUUCCACUGGGGCAUCAGAGUCUUGCUGGGCUGAAUCUGCUUCUUGUUGGUUCAGUAUUUCAUAUGAAGAACUGCAGUAUAGAGCUUGAAGUUAUUUAAAAUACUAAAUCAUUUUAUUUUACGUUUCCAUUUUAUUAACGGGAUGUUGCAAUCAUUUUUAAACUAAUAAACUUGUUUUUUUUUUUAAACUAAUAAACUUGUAAAGUGAUUGGCACAAAGACCGAAUCCGUGAGCAAAAGCUGCACAGCGAAGUACAAGAAGAUACCUAAUUUGGAGACUCUUAAAAUUUUUGCUAUAGUCGAACAGUGGCUUUUGCACUGAAAGACUAAUAGGAACUCUACAUAUGUUCAUUCUUUUAUAAAACCUGACUCAAUUCAGUGUAACUCCAUUUUAUUGCCUUACCUGAAUCAGUCCUGUUUGGUUGGUGAUAGGUUUUUUUUUAUCUACCCAAGUUUGAUUUAAAAGUAAAUUCCAGUUAUUAAGCACUUUUAAAAUGAAAUCCAGAAGCACAUUUUCUGCACAAACAGGUUACAAAAUUCAAAAGUGUUUCCUAUGCAUUUGCUCUAAGUUUCAAUUUUUAACUUUGUAAACCACAUCAGAGGAACUUGGCACUUCUGCAUUAUUGUGUGUGUUUAAUUUCUUUUUGUUCUAUUUUGGUUAAGAGGACAGUAGAAAAAGAUUUUCUGGCAUUCUUGUUUACUUGGUUACAUUUGUAUAAAGUUCUGAUUGCCAGUUGCUGAGAUAAUAAGUGACCAGGCAUUAAACUUUAAAGCAUUAAGGUUCCUUAAACCUAAGGCUAAAUCUUGAAUACAUUAUUGAAUUCUUUAAUAUCCUGAUGGCUAGCAGAUUGACAGCUGCACAUUUGGCAUGCUUUGUUUUUUGGGGGGUUUUAUUUUUCAUUGCAGAUUUAUUUGGCAAUGUACAGUAAAUUUUGUAAACUUGCAUCAAGUUUAUGAAUAAAGAACCAUUUAAAAAAUAACUUUGUU